AUGGAGAUCGAAGUGCGUAAGCGGGGAAGGCACAGCGACGAUGUGCAAAUGGAGGCUGGCGUUGUCAAGAGGUCGGCUGCAGGCGCAAUGGUGGAAUAUCGUUUGCUUUGUCCAGCUACUCGCAUCGGCACGGUCAUUGGCAAGGGCGGCUCGGUGAUCCAGCAGAUGAGGGAUUCAACGGGGGCGCGGAUCAAAGUAGAGCCCGAGGUUGCAGGCUGCAGCGAGAGGCUGAUCUCCUUAAGCUCGUCAGAUGAGCCUGGCGCGGAAUUGUGCAGGGCGCAGGAGGCGCUGUUUGCAGUGCAGAGUCGCCUCUCCGAGGCCGAUGCAGCCCAGGAGGACACCUGCUGCGUGGUACGGAUGCUGGUGGAGCAAGCACAGGUGGGCUGCGUGUUGGGCAAGGGAGGCGAGGUAAUCAGCGAUCUGCGCAGGCGGACGGGCGCCAACAUAAGGGUGUCGGACAAGCGCGACCUGCCGGCAUGUGCCGGCAGCGAGGACAGCCUGGUUGCGGUGAAAGGCGAGGCGCAAGCGGUGUCUGAUGCCCUGAGACAGCUGUCCGCCCUGCUCCGUACGCACAGCCAGCGAAAGCCACAGCAGGCGAGGGCGCCGAUGACCUUCAACAUCACUGCGGUGGCCACAGCCGCGGUGCAGCCGGAGCAGGCGCAGCAUAGGCGGCAGCCCAUGCGCGAGCCGGUGCUGGCGCCCAUCGCGCGGCCGCACCAGUGCCACAACUGCCUCCCCGACGCGCACGCCAUGCAGCCCCGCAUGACCGCUGUCCAAGAGGCGUCGGCGGUGGUGGAGGUGCAGCUGCGGCUGCUAGUGCCAGCGACGCACAUCGGCUGCGUCAUCGGCCGGCGCGGGGAAAUGAUCCGCACCAUCCGCGACGACACCGGCGCCCACAUCAAGGUCCACGAGGGCAGCCAGGGUGCGCGCGCAUUCCCUCCCUCCGAGAAGAAAGGGGUCGACCGAGUGAUCACGGUGGCAGCGGCCGAGGCGGCAGGCGCGGCAGUGAGCCCGACAGAAGAAGCCGUGUGCCUGAUGGCCCUGUGUCUGCUGGGCCCCUCUGGGCUACCGCCAGUGCCCUGCAUCCGCAUCCUUGUCCCCACACCCCAGGGGGGCACGGCUGAGGCGCUGUCAUUGCUGCAGGUUGGUGGUGUGCUGGGAAAGGGUGGAGCCACGAUCACACAAGUGCGCAAAGACAGCGGCGCCGGCGUACGGCUUGUGCCCCUGGAAGCCGAAGAUGACAGGUGGCUGCCGAGGGAUGUGGCGGCUGGGCAGAUGCACAAGGUGGUCCAGAUUGAGGGGCCUAUCACAGCCACCGUCAAAGCCGUGCGCGCUGUGUGCGCCCAGCUGCGCGCCUGGCAGGCCAGGAGUCAGGGGGCGCAGCCGGCAAGGGAGCUUACGGAGGCAUACGGCGGCGCGCAUGCCCCUCAGCAAUUCCACCCGAUGCACCAGGCCAUGCUGCCGCGCGAGACGGCGCCGGGAUUGCGGGGUCGGGGCCUGCCGGAUCUGUCCCGCGCUGAGAUGGGCAUGUAUGACUCGCCGCUGCGCCACUGCGAGCGGCCGGUGCUGCAGCUCCGACACCCCCUCGACCUGCAGGUGCUGAGCCGGGGACAGAUGGACAGGGCGAUGAGUCAGCCGCUGAUGAUGCAGCAGGUGACUCAGCAGGUAGUAACGGCGCCAGAUCAGACGCAGUCGUGCGAGCUGCGGCUGGUGGGCGUGCAGGUCGGCUGCGUGCUUGGCAAAGCCGGCGAAAACAUUACCCAGAUCCGCAAGAUAUCUGGGGCGCGUGUGAAGCUGUCGGACGCGCCGCGCGGAGUGACGGAGCGGCUGCUGCGGCUGAGCGGCACAUGCGAGCAGGUGCAGGCAGCCGUCAACCUCGUGCAGGCGUUCCUGCUGGCUGGGCGAGCUGGCAGCCUCGACAUGGAGCUGCCAAUGGCCUUCACCUGA